AUGUCUUAUCCCGAUGAUUUCCCGAUUCCCCAUGUUAUUCAGCCGGUUAAAGUCGUCCGACACGUUGUAAAAGUGAGUUGAAGCCGAGAGAAAUCAAGGGAAAAUGAACUGAGAGUUUCAGGAAACACCCUUAAAGUCGCCCUUCUUGGAAUUUUGUCCAAAAUGUCAGGUUCGUUCUAAUUCUCCCAUCAAUUUUACCCGAUAGUUGCCGUCUUGAAAGGGUCUCGAAACAAAUUGUGAAGUUAAUAGUGUUUUUCGGGGCCGAAAACUUUGCGUCUUCACAAAAUGCGACGGAAAUUUACCAGAAAUAAGGAAAUCGCGCUAGAUCGCUCAAUUCUCAGCCGGCGGACGUGCGAAAGACCGCGAAAUUCGAAUUUCAUCAAAAAAAUUUAAAGGACCAGGGAACCGUCAAAUUUUUUGAUUUUUUUGUGAAUUUUUUUUGUGUCUGUUUGAAUUGUCUCUUAUUGCCACUCAUACACUGGUGAAAUGCUGACUCUCAGAAAUGCCAAUGAACGAAACGGCGUGCAGUUGAAGUUGUGGCCGUGGCCUAGGAAACUCCGGUGUGAAAACUCGUCCCUGUGAGCAGUUUGAUGCUCUUGCACUUUAUAUGAAUGCUGAUUUGUGUGAAUGUUUUGCAACGUAUGAAGAUUGUGCCGAACGUAAAAAAAAAAUCACAAGGCCUUGAACUUUUCUGGGACACGGCCACAACUUUGACUAAGCGCUGUUCCAUUCACAGGUAUUUUGGAAAUUUGGGGCUCGGAGAGUGAAUGUGGCAAUAAGGAGCAAUUCAGUGAGACACAUAAACUCGGAGCGUUCCCUGAUCCUUUAAAACGAAAGCAACAAUAUACUGGAAGACGCGUGGGGUCUUUCUAUCGAGACCCUUUCCUAGUACGGCAUGCCGUUACGUGAAUUGAAGUAUCUUGGGUCCCAGUUUCAUAUUUUACUCGGAAAAGGUCGAUUUUACUCGGAAAAGGACGAAAUGUUCGCGAAAACCUUCUCAAAUCCGGGUCGAAACGUGGUCCCGAGAUACUUCAAUCCAAGUCCAAGAAACACGUAAAGUUUUGGACCAAACGGAUAAAAUUCAGUUCGAAACGGGUGUUGAUUGCAGAGCACAAUAAUGACGACGUGCACGACGCACAUCGGCGUCUGCUGGUGGCUCAUCUGCUUCUUCGGAACCUUUCUCUUCUGCUGGCCCAUCCUCGUCUUCCUCUGCUGCGACGCCUCGAAGGACGUCGACCACAACUGUCCGAACUGCGGACUCCUACUUGCCACCUCGAAUCGAGCCGGUUUUUGA